AAAGCGUGAAGUUCAGACAAAUAGCAUGUCGCUGACUCGUCUCUGCUUACGUGUAUCUAUCACCUUGCGUCGUGAUGUUGUAUCGGCCCCUGGAACUGACUGAUCACUUCGCUCUUCGGUCGAAAAGGCAUUGCAUAUCGCUCCAUAACUUCAAACUUCAAAACUGCUCUAAUAGGAAGCGUGGCUCAGGGGUUGCGAGUCCGCUAUAUGUCCCUUUCAGAGCUGCGCGAUGCAUUCGUGCGGUGCGCCCAUCACAAGGUCUUCAUCGGUUGUUGAAUCAUAGGGUCUUGGCGAAAUGGAGUCGGGCUCCCCUGAGGAAACUGAGGCGGCCCAGCCUCGGUCUGAGAAGCAAUUUCACCCCAAGCGCCCUCACCGAAAGUCGCGGGCGGGAUGCCGAAACUGCAAGACGAGAAAGGUGAAGUGUAACGAAGCCCAUCCGGCUUGCCGCGCUUGUACCCUAAGGAGAGAGCAAUGCGUCUAUCCCAAUUCUCCAUCGCCCCGGGGAUCGCCCUCCUCCAGAGCCCUGAGUAUUUCCCGGAGACGGUCUCCCUCGCCGGAUUAUGCCGGCGACUACUCGGGCCUGCGCCUUCUGGAUGAGCCCCUCUUCACAUCCGCGGAUAAGGAUGCUACCGACAUGAAGCUCCUGUGGUUCUACACAACCCAAACCUACGAAUCCUUCUCGGCCUCCGGAGGCGCCAUGGCUGUUGACGAGAUCCUGAAAGUCGAUAUUGUUCAGCAUGCCUUCCAAGUUCCAUUUCUGAUGAACACCAUCUUGGGCCUGUCAGCCAUGCAUCUAAAUCACUUGAAGCAGGAAGUCUCACCGACUAGAGCAAUAGCCUACAGGGCAAGAGCCUUCGAAGGCUAUCGAAAGGCCAUCGAGGCAGCGAGACCAGAGACAUUCCCCGCCUUGCUCGCAUGCUCUCUCUUCCUCUGCGCCCUCUCCACCGAUCCAUUCAGGAGUGAGGAUGCCAAGCCCCUGUACGUCCUUGAUUGGAUGAUUAUCUGGAAAGGAAUAGGCCUGAUCAUCACCAUGAUCCAGGAGAAGGCCCUAUUCGAGUCCGGCAUGGCAACCCUCUUUUUCAGGCCGCUGAUAGACUUAAACUCAUCGGCCAAGCAUAUCCCAAGCAACUUACUUUUUAUGGUGACGUCCAUCCAGGAAGGCGAUGUCGAUUUUGGCUCCAAACCGGCCUAUUACCACACCUUGAAGUUUCUCGGAUCAUUAUAUGCGGAGCUUGCGCGAGGGUUCAGCGUCACGCUGAUCUUGCGCGUCGUCACCUUCUUUACUUUCUUGAGAAAAGAAUUCUUCGACUUGGCGCGGCAACGGCGGCCUCGAGCCCUCGUCAUCAUCGCGCACUUCCUUACAUUUGCUAAGACAACCAGCGGCAUCUGGUGGAUGGAGGGCAUAAGCGACAGAGAAAUAUGUAACAUCUACAAUCUGCUGGGCAAGGAGUGGGAGUCGCUGCUCCGAGUUCCCAGGAUGGCGGUUCACCUCACCGACAGGACCGAGAUCGGAAAGCUCCUGUUGGAUAACCAUGCCUGGGAGCCUCCGUCGGACCUGGGCGGAGAGGCUGAACGUCCAACGACCAAGGAGUUGGCGUGGACCGACAAUGAGGGCAAGCCAGUCCAGCUUGUAGGGGAAAUGAUCUACAAACUCCCCUUGAGGGACCGGCAGAGACUGGGCGGUCUGCUCCAAAACUACGAGCAACAGACGAUCGUGGGGCAGGAGGCUCUCGUGGGGCAGGAGGCUCUCGUGGGGCAGGAGCGUCUGGAUAGAGAAGAGAGGGUCCCUAUGGAAGUGGUUUUAACUUCCCUCUAUCAGGGCCAAAGCCCGGACACAACGACGACGAGUACGCCUUCGAUCGAUGGUUAUGGCUCUUGAUAUCUUUUACGCAGAAACAGCAAAAAGGUAUUGGCAUGGCUUGGCCGAUCCUCCGUUGCAGGAUAUCAUGCUCCCCAGACGGUUCGUUGUAUCGGUGGUAAGUACUUUAUUCUCAGCCUCGAAUCCCAUUUUAUCGUAAUUCUGACCACCUUCCUAGAUUACCGUGAUAUCAAAAGGUU